ACACCUCACUGACGUUCAUUUCCCUUCGACCCUCUGCCUGCAACGGACGUCUACCAGUGACCCUCCUCGACCCACGCCCAGCAGCCCCUUCGUCAGUAGUCUGUGCGUGGAGGUGCCGUUGCCCGGGGCUUGUUGUGUUAGAGGCGGCAUGCACCAUCAUCCACUUAGGCCCCUUUUCGUCACAUGCCUCGCCCUCGCCACAUGCACAGCGCUCGCAGAAGGUGUCUCCGAGGAUGUUGUCUCGUCGCAGCUGUCCCCGGCGGAGUGGUCGGCGCCCCCCUCCCCCCUCCGCCAGUCCCCGCCCGGCCCAGCGUGGCGCCACCUGCCUUUCAGUGACCCCUACGCCCCCCUCCUUGCCGACACCCCCUACGCCAUACGCCUAGAGACGGUACCUGAAGACACGCCCCGCCCUAUGAGACACCUGAACCAAGGCGUCCCCAAGAGGCUCUACUUCGCCCCGCGGCUUGGGAAGAGGAGCAACAGCACAGCCCAGGACCCAGAGGAGAGAGACAGACGAGGCGAGAUGACCUACCCUGAGGAACCCCAAGAGGCAGGCCAGAGCUAUUACCGCUGGUGGUGGCCCCUGGUUUCAGUGCGGCGUUCAUCCUUCUCGCCACGCCCGGGCAAGCGAGCCGAGGGACAGAAUGACUUUGAUCUUCCCUACGACUACCUGCCAGACGACCUCUACGACUCCAGCUACCAGGACGACGCAGGGGACGAGGAGAACGAGGCCGAGGACGAGCGGCGCUACAUGGCGACGCUACAGGACAAACGAGGCUCCGGGUUUUCCUUCUCGCCUCGCCUGGGCAAGAGAGGAGGACCCGGGUUCUCCUUCGGCCCCCGCCCCGGGAAGAAAAGCACCUUCGCCUUUGGACCACGGCCGGGAAAAAAGGCCACCUUCGCUUUCGGCCCCAGACCAGGAAAGAAGUCGAGUUUUGCCUUCGGGCCGAGACCAGGGAAGAAAAGCACCUUCGCCUUCGCCCCAAGACCGGGAAAAAAGACCAACUUCGCCUUCGGGCCAAGACCAGGGAAGAAGGCCAACUUUGCUUUCGCUCCGAGGACGGGAAAGCGAAGCGGAGCAGCGGAGGGGAUGAGGCGACAGGAUGGGGAGGCCUGGUGGGUGGAAGACAGCGAUGGGGCGACAGUCACCACCCAUCCCCCUUACUAACUGGACAAGCCUCCCCCUCGCACCCAUUCCCCCAUGCAUCCCCCUCCCCUAAGGCAGCUUUCUGAGCCCGUAUAAGGCAGUCACCACCGUUAAUGGAUAGUGAUGUUAGGUGGGGUUAGGUUCACAGGAGCUGCCUUCCAUAGACAUAGAGGCCUCUUGCAGACUCCUAAUGUUCUUAUGUUCAUCCCUUUUACUAACUGGGCUACCCUUCCUAUCCCUCCCAUUCCCCCAUGCAUCCUCUCCCUCAACGUUCCUUUCUGAGCCCAUAUAAGACAAUGAUGGGGCGACAGUCACCACUCAUUCCCCUUACUAACUGGGCUACCCUUCCUAUCCCUCCCAUUCCCCCAUGCAUCCUCUCCCUCAACGUUCCUUUCUGAGCCCAUAUAAGACAAUGAUGGGGCGACAGUCACCACUCAUUCCCCUUACUAACUGGGCUACCCUUCCUAUCCCUCCCAUUCCCCCAUGCAUCCUCUCCCUCAACGUCCCUUUCUGAGCCCAUAUAAGACAAUGAUGGGGCGACAGUCACCACUCAUCCCCUUACUAAAUGGGCUACCCUCCCUCAUCCCACCCAUUCCCCCAUGCAUUCCACUACCCCAAAAGCCCUUUCCUGAGACCUCAAUUGUUAUGACGCCAAUAUGAAGGCCACGUAUAUAUAUAAAAUGAGCGACUGGGAUUUAACAUGGAGACCGAAGUUAGUCUGAAUACAUGGACACACGAGAUGAGUCAGUGUCAGUCAGUCAGUUAGUCAGUUAAGUCAGUCAGUUAAUCGCUAUUCACGGAUCGUUGACGCGCCCCCCCCCCCCAACCCCCCCCCCCCCCCGCCCCCAUCCUUCUCUCUUCCGGUAUACACGCCAGCAUCUUUGUCGUUCGUUUCUGAUGAUGAUGAUGAUGAUGAUGAUGAUGACAGUAAACAAUAAACUCUAUCUUUACUACUUCCUCGCCUGUGCAUUUAUUUAUUGUGAAGUGACUGAUGUUGAUGAUUGUUUAUGUGCUGGGAACAAUCUUUUUCUUUUCCACAAUAAGCGUGUAUGUCCCUUUCUUUCACUCUCUCUCUCUCUCCCAAAUAACUUAUUAUGACUUUUCCACUCCCUCUCUUGCUCUUCCUCCCUCGGACAGUUAAUUAAAAUAUAUGCCAUCUACUUCUCUCUCUCUCUCUCUCUCUCUCUCUCUCUCUCUCUCUCUCUCUCUCUCUCUCUCUCUCUCUCUCUCUAAGUCUUUGAUGUUCCGAAUAAUCUAAACUCAUUUGCAAUAUUCCUCCCCUCCCUUCCUCCUUCAGUCCCUCCUCUCCCUUUCCCUCCUCCCUCUCUCUCUCUGUUAACCAUUAAUAAGACCACUCAUAUUCUUCCGUUUUCCCUUUCUCUCUCUCUUUCUCUCCUUACCACUAUCCCUGUCCCUCUCUCUCUUUCCCAUUCUCUCUCUGUCCUCCUUCCUCCCUCCUUCUCUCCCUUUCUUUCCUAACCACUAAUUAUGCCACUCAAACACACAGUCCCUUUCCAUAUUUCUCUUCCUCUCUCUCCCCCUUCGCCAUACAUACACGCACGCCCUUCCUCUCUCCACAGAAGCGAGAGGACAACUGAGGGAGUGGGUGGCGGUGCAGGACUCACUCUGAAGGUGGAGAUCCUGAAGGCUGGACACCCCCACCCACGCCGUCUGACAUCCUCUCCACCCCCUCCUUGUUAUCCUCCGAAGGGAAUCCUGAACCAAUGUCAAUCGUGUAUAAAGGAUUGUGAUGCAUAAAGGAGUCAGAGGAGAAUGCGUCAUGCUAAGAGAAGACAAUCGCGUGAGGAUUAUCUGAAGUUGUUUAUAGUUCUUUCCUUCUUCUUGGGGAAAUGUUAUGAUCUGUAUGGUUCAUCUUUUUUUUUUUUUUAGAUGGAUGAAGUUAAUUAUUUCUCUCAGUAACGAUUCAUAAAACCACUUAAAGGACAUGAUUGUGAAGUGGGGAAAUGUUAAGAUAUGUAUGUAAUUUUUUUCAUAGACGGAUGAUGUCAACGAUUAGAAGGAGGAAAUGAAGUUAAUUAUUUCUCUUAGUACGAUUCAUAAAACCACUUUAGAGGCCAUGAUUGUGAACUGGGGAAAUGUGAGGAUAUGUAUGUCUUUUUUUUUCAUAGACGGAUGAUGUCAACGAUCUAAAGAAGGAGGAAAUGAAGUUAACUAUUUCUCUCAGUAACGACUCAUAAAACCACUUAAAGGACAUGAUUAUGAUAAGACCUGAACUCUGAAACGCAUAAAUGAUGAAGUCGAGUGAUACAGUAAUACAAGAAUCAAAAGAGAGAAGAAAAGCAAUGUGACAGUUCAAGAGGUGAAGAGAUGAAGAAAGAAAAGGUCACAGAAAAAAUAAAACCCUUCCAACCUUUGUGUAAAUUAAAUGAACUAGAAACGCAACCCGAGGACAGGAAGAAAACAAGAACAUCAGCCAGAGAAAAGAAAAAAAAUGUCUAAUGCAUCAGUUUAAAUUUUACUAAACAUUCAAAUUUCA